ACAACUCAUUUGCACGGAGCGCUGCCUCAGCUGCUGCUGAGGUGCCACAAUCGCGGCAGCUUGUCGGCUCCCAAGCCAGUGAGACGCGAGCCGUAAACCGUAGCCCGUUAGCCUCCUCCGUGGCAGUUGUUGCUCUGCGGGAGCCAGGGUAGGAGGGAGGCGGGUCCGGGAGCCGCUGGGGGGAGCCCCGUUGCUCUGGGCGCUCCGGGGUAGCGGUGCUGCCCGGCACUGCAGAGCCAAGUGAGGAGCAGCGGAGGUGCAGAGCAGGCAGGGGCAGGCGGGGCUCGCCGAGCUCCGCAGCUCCUCGCACGCGCCGCCGCGCGCACAGCUCCGGGGCCGCUGCCGCUGCCUCGCCACAGCGCGAGUCUCGCUGCCCGCUAGCAUGAGGAGGAAAAGACCCCUGGAGCACGAUUUCUGUUCCAGCUAAAAACCGGACCGGGAGCAACCGACAGGCUGUAACCCCCGCCCCGCGGCUUGCAGAGGAAGGGGAGAAGCUGCCAGCCCAACGGGGGGUCCUUCCUGCUGAGCUCCCUGGGGCUCUCUGCUUGCUACCAGCCGCCGCCGGGGGAUAACGGGGGACCUGUAUCUCAAGCCCUCCUGUAAGCCGCAGAACCGGGGCUGAGAAGAGAGGGGAGCAGCUCCUGAGGCGCAGCUAGGAAGCUGCCUCCUCCCGGGGAUUGGGGCGCCUCGCCUGGUGCUCGCCGAUCGCCUCUCCGUCCAUGUGCUUGACUUGUGUCCGGCUGGGAGUGGCUGAUAGUGAGAGUACGGCCAGAAAGAGACUCCCUUGCUGCAUCUUGCUGGGUGGGGGGAUUAGGAAGGCUGCCCUUCCCCGUCUUUCUAGGGGUGCACUGAGCCUGGGAAGAGAGACCUUUGUGCCCGGUCCUCGCCAAAGGAUAGCGCCGUGGAGGAGGAAGACAGGGAGGAGAGGGGCAAGUAUCUGCCCCUCUCAUUGCAGGCUUUGCAGCUAGUUUGCUCGGAAUACAUCUACUUUCCCCCUCUGACAUGCAGGUGCAGCAGAGGGAAGUGGAAUAAGGGAGAUACAGAGCGAGCGAGCUGCACAAAGGUAAAACGGGACUGAAUGUCUUUGUGUGGCUCUUGGUUUUAAGGGGGGGGGGGAAGGGAAGGUUCUGCCUGUUAGGGAGCGAUUGGAAAGUAAGGGGCUGCAGAAAGAAAAAGAGGAAGCAUCUGAAAAAAGGAGGGGAGUGAGGAGAGAAGCAGGAAGGGAAAGAAAAGAGGAGGUAAGGAGAGGAAAGAGGAAGGGAGACGGAAAAAUGCAGAAGGGCAGAGAAACAGGGAAGGAAAGAGGCAGGGAGAGAGAGGAGCAGAAAAGUAGAGAGUGAAGGGGAGUGGCAGACCCUCCCCCCUUGUGCUGUGCAAGCCCAGAAGUGCCUCCUUUCUGGUGACUCUGGCUAGCCCCUCCGUAUUAUGUCUGCACUCCGAAGGAAAUUCGGGGACGAUUACCAGGUAGUGACCACCUCUUCCAGUGGCUCAGGCUUCCACCAGCAGCAAGCUGCAGCAGCAGCUCCUAGGAGAAAGAGGCAGCGAUUUGUGGACAAGAAUGGCCGUUGCAAUGUGCAGCAUGGCAACUUGGGCAGCGAGACAAGCCGCUACCUGUCGGACCUGUUCACCACCCUGGUGGACCUCAAGUGGCGCUGGAACCUCUUUAUCUUCAUCCUCACGUACACUGUGGCCUGGCUCUUCAUGGCCUCCAUGUGGUGGCUCAUCGCUUACAUACGGGGUGAUCUGAACAAAGCCCAUGAUGAUAACUACACUCCCUGUGUGGCCAAUGUCUACAAUUUCCCCUCCGCCUUCCUGUUCUUUAUUGAAACUGAGGCUACCAUUGGGUAUGGCUACCGCUAUAUCACUGACAAAUGCCCCGAGGGCAUCAUCCUCUUCCUCUUCCAGUCCAUCCUGGGCUCUAUCGUGGAUGCCUUCCUCAUUGGCUGCAUGUUUAUCAAGAUGUCACAGCCUAAGAAGCGGGCAGAGACACUGAUGUUCAGUGAGCAUGCUGUCAUCUCCAUGCGGGAUGGCAAACUUACCCUUAUGUUCAGGGUAGGCAACCUUCGCAACAGCCACAUGGUCUCCGCGCAGAUCCGCUGCAAGCUACUUAAAUCUCGGCAGACACCUGAGGGCGAGUUCCUCCCUCUCGAUCAACUUGAACUGGAUGUAGGUUUUAGCACAGGGGCAGAUCAACUUUUUCUUGUUUCCCCGCUUACAAUCUGCCAUGUGAUUGAUGCCAAAAGCCCCUUCUAUGACCUCUCUCAGCGAAGCAUGCAAACUGAACAGUUUGAGAUUGUCGUCAUCCUAGAGGGCAUUGUGGAAACAACUGGUGAGUUAAAAAAAACAAAACAAAAACAACCACCCAGCAAAAAUUAUGUUUGUAUAUAGUUUAUAAUUGUGUUGCUUUUUCCAAAAGCGAAAUAGAUUUUUACAAUGGCUUUUAUUCUGUUGUCGUAGAAUGUCAUUAAUGAAUACAAGGUUACUGUACACCUAUUUUCAUAUGAACUACAUAUUAUUUGAGAGAUUGUUUUGAAAACUAAAAUGUAUGUUUUAUAAAUAUGCAUCUGCGUGCCCAAGAUGGUUGGUAAGCUAAUACAAUAACAGUA